UGUUGCUGCUGCUCCCGCGAGAAGCUGUCUCGCUGUCCUCCUCCGUGUGUGCGCGCUGGCCUGCCAAAGUGCUGAAGGCGGGAGGGAGGGGAAGAAGGAGCAGAAGAGGAAGGAGAGGCUGAAGGCUGGGCUGCCGAGAAGAGGAGGAGGAGCAGGAGCAGGAGCAGAAAAAAGCAGCAGCAGCAGCGCCUUGAGGACCAGCCCGCUGAUUGAAGCGGCUCCUUGAAGCCUUUUCAGUUGCAGGCAGAGAGAGCGAGAAAGCGCGAAGGCAGCCGCUGGAGUUCCUGCACCGCCCCGUCGCCCCCCUUCCCCGCAACUGACUACUAGACCCACGCCUUGCAGCAUGCGGGGCCCCCUCCCUUCUCUACUUCAGGCCAAGCUCAUUCAGCCCCCGUGGGAAUGCAACGCAGCAGCAGCGAAGACCGGGCGCGUGGCCAAGGGAACUCCGCCCCCUGAAUUUCAGUAUGUCUUAUUAGCUAGCUUCUAAGAAAAAAGGCACAGAAAGAACUUCUGAUUUCCCAGCCUGACCUCAUCUCCUGGAUGGAAACAGACAGAGAAGACCUCUUUGUCCAGGGCUCCACUAAGGAGGAGAGAUCAGCAGGAGAUGUUUGCAGGGAGGUGAUGGAAAGUGAACUACCUGAUAGGCUGUUGGAAAAAGCGAAAGGUCAGGAGAUGGGAGAAAAGUUCAGGAGUCGAAAUGGAGCAACAAGGCAGGAUAGGAAACAAACACAGAAACGGAGGGAGAAAUCCCACGCUUGUCAGGGAAAUGAAAUCCAAAUCCAGCAGAAGACAUGGAAAAUAAUGGAAAGGAGAAGGCUUACGGAGUGUGAGAAAUCCCUGAGUUGCGUAACAGCCUUUCAUGAACAUCAGAGAACACACACAGGAGAAACACCGUAUAUGUGUUUGGAGUGUGGAAAGAGUUUCCACCAGAGUGACUCCCUUACUUUACAUCAAAGGAAUCACACAGGGGAGAAACCAUAUCAAUGUUCAGAAUGUGGAAAGAGCUUUACUGUGAGCUCACGUCUUAUUGUACAUCGAAGAACACACACUGGUGAGAAGCCUCCAAAGAAACGUCGAACAAUUACGAUGCAAACGAAAAUGGAGAUCAUCAAAAGGGCUGAAAAAGGUGAGAGGCCAAGUCAGAUCGGGAGAGCACUGGCUAUUCCCCGGACGACUAUUGUAUGCAUCCUGAAGGACAAGAAAAGAAUUCAGGAGCAUGUUAAGGGCUCAGCCUGUAUGCAGUCCACUGUGAUAACGAAGCGGCGUGUCGGAAUUAUUGCUCAGGUGGAGAAGCUGCUCAUCAGUUGGCUGGAGGAUCAACAUCAACGCCGGGCUCCUGUGAGUUUAGCCAUAAUUCAGGAAAAGGCCCGGAAUCUUUAUAAUGAUCUGAAGAGACAACAGGGGGAGAAUUCAAACAUUGAGCCUUUUAGUGCAAGUCGAGGCUGGUUUAUGCGUUUUAAAGCCAGGGCGAAUUUGCGUGACCUCAGGGGCUCCAGUGAAGCUGCUGGUGCUGCUGAGGAGAAUACCCGUCUUUUUCCUGAGACCCUGGCUAAAAUUAUUAAAGAGGGUGGGUAUUGUGCUCAGCAGGUUUUUAACGUGGAUGAAACGGGGCUGUUUUGGAAAAAAAUGCCGUCAAGAACCACCGUUGCCAGAGAGGAGAAAUCCACGCCAGAUUACCCGGCUGCUAAAGACAGGCUCAUGCUUUUGCUGGGUUCCAAUGCCUCAGGUGACUUCAAACUGAAACCGUUGCUUGUGUAUCAUUCGGAAAACCCCAGAGUUUUCAAGGGAUAUUCCAAGGCGUGUCUCCCAGUGAUCUGGAAAUCUGAUCGCAAGCUGUGCGUCAACAGGACUAUUUUUGAAGAUUGGUUCAGUCAUCACUUUGUGCCCAGCGUCCGGGAUUAUUGCAGUAGAAACCAUCUUGCCUUCAAAGCAUUGUUACUCCUGGACAACGUGCCUGGUCACCCACCCACCCUUGAUGGCAUGGAUCCUAACAUCAAAGUGGUGUUUCUGCCCCCCAGCGCCACCUCGUUGCAGCCCAUGGAGCAGGGGGUGAUUUCAACCUUCAAGGCCUACUAUCUUAGGCGGACGUUUGCGCAGGCCGUCAGGGCAACUGAGAAGGAAGAUGGGCCCACCCUGAAGGAGUUCUGGCAGGGCUUCAACAUUUACCACGCUGUUGAGAACAUUGGGGAGGCAUGGGAUGAAGUCAAGCCAUCACUUCUGAACGGUGUUUGGAGAAACUUGUGUCCUGGAUUUGUGUCUGACUUCCAAGGCUUUGCAGACACCGUUGAAGAGGUAACCAAAAAUGUUGCUGAAAUUGGCAAAGAAUUCAACCUAGAUGUGAAGCCGGAAGAUAUUGAUGAGUUGUUGGCAUUGCAUUCUGAAGAAUUAACUAGUGAGGAUCUCGGAGAGUUGGAACCACAAAAAGUGAUAAAGCAUGAAGAUCUCGAGGAAUUGGAACUGCAAAAAGUGAUAAAGGAAGAAGAUCUUGAGGAAUUGGAACUGCAGAAAGUGAUAAAAGAAGAAGACGGACCCACCGUUGGAGAGGCUCCUCCUCAUAAAGUCUUGACGGCGCAAGUAUUGGCUGAAGCAUUUCAGCAUUUGGAAGCUGCCAUGUCCCUGUUUGAGGAACAUGAUCCUGACAUUGAGCGCAGUGCAUUCGUGAACAGGGGCAUAACUGACAUGUACAGCUGCUACAGAGAAAUUUACAGUGAAGGGAGACCACCUGUCCAAACUUCCAUGGACUCUUUCUUUAAGAAAGCAGAAGAGACUGCAGAAAAACCUAGUGCAAGAACUCCAACUGGGAGCCCUUCAGAAAGUCUAGCAAGCUCACCUCAAAGACAUCCUUCCAAAUUGCCUCAACCCCCCCUGAAAACCUCACCUUGUUGGAGCCACUCAUAACGUAAACCUCUUUAAGGCAGGCCUGUACAACAGGAGACCCUGGAGCCUGAUCUGGCCUGCAGGGACUUUUUGCUGGUCCAGAGGUGGGAAUAUUCUGCAGCACCAGCAAAGAGCUCUUGGCCUGUCCCUCUGAGGAGCAGCAGUGGCUCAAUGGUGUUGGCCCCCUGAGACCAGGGUGGCUCCUGCCCCUGGGCCAGAGCCCACUGAUCCCAUCUCACUUCCCCCCUGACUUCAACUCUGACUCCUCACUUUCAUACAUAUUUUUAAUAAUAAAUUUUAAUGUGAUGUGCUGAAGAUUGACCUUGGCCCCUACAUAUCAAGUCAUGCUUGGUUCUGGCCCACUGGGGGCAUCUUGAGUUGUGGAUUUCAAAUUUGGGUUUUUUAGAUCAUUUGUAGGUACAGUGUACAGCACUAUAUUUCUUUACAUACUUUUAGCUUGUUCUGUGAGUUUUUUUUAGAAUGUCCACAUAAUUGCUGUUUAUAGUGGCUGACAUGAUAUGUGGCACCUUGGUGAAACAGAGUUACGCAAGGGCUGCUGCAGACACAUAAGGCAAUGAGCGCAUGUACAAGCAGCAUUGCUGCAGUAAAUUGCACUGUAGAGAAUGGGAGUAACAGGGUCAGUGCUGCUUGCAUACCUGCUCAUUCUCGACAGCAUUGGGGCUAUGUCACGCAUCCACAGCAGCCCCCACAUGCCUCGCAGCAGCAUCAAGGUGCCGUGCAUCAGGUCAGCCACUUGAAAUAUAAAUGCAUCUCUGAUUUGAUUUAGUACAAAAUUCUGGAUUAUUUUGCUAAAAAUAUGAUAUCUGGCCUUGGUUCCAAAACCCCUGCAUGGUUUCGUAUGGAAAGAUCAGUUCUGAAUUAAGACAUUUCAACCUAUGACACAGACUGACAGAGGUCCUGACAAACAAAGCCCCAGUGCUUCUGAAAAGUUCAGCGGAUAAAGCUCCACUGCUGACUCAGUAGGGGUAGGGUGCAGGGAGGAAAUCUUGAAGACCUCUCCUUCCCUGGGAAGUGCUCUGUACCAACCAAAAAUAUGUCCCUGAGGGUCAUGCAGGUCUUAGGGAUAUAUUUUCAGGUGACAGAGGGCUUCCAGGGGAAGGGGAGGUUAUUGGAAUUCUUUCUCACUCUCUCGCACACACGCGCAUGCAUACACACUGGUACAGUGUUAGUUGGGAAUUCUUCAGCAGCACUGAUGUUAUACCAGUGCUUCUCCUGUUACAUCAGUGCUUCAUUAGGAUGUCAGCUACAGUUUUCAGGACCUCCCCUUCCCCGAGAAGUCCAAAGACUGUCUGUAAAUGCUUGGAAUGUAAAAUGUGUUUUUCUCAUUGCACUGACCAUGUGACCUUACUUCACACAGUUUCGCACAGCAGACAAGCCAUGCCAAUCCCCUGAAUGUGGAAAUCACUUCAAGUGCAAGGCUGACUUCACAUCAAAUAAAUCAUACAGGGGAGAAACCGUGUAAAUGCUUCCAACUGUGGGAGGAGCUUCAUUUGGGGUCACUCCCUUAUUUAUUAUUAAAGAUCGCACACAGAGGAGAAAUUACAUCAGGGUGUGGGGAGGACUUCAGUUAUAUCCGAAGCCUUACUUCACAUCAAAGGAUCCACAUGAGGAGAAGCCAUACAAAUGUUUGAAAUGUGGGAAGAGUUUUCAUGGGAGGUUGAGUCUUCCCAGCAAAGAAACCACCCCUCAAAGAAACCAUACAGAGGAGAAAACGUAUACAUGCUCAGGGUGCAGAAAGAACUUCAGUUCUAGCAAAAGCCUUAUAUCACAUCAGAGCAUCCACACUCUGUGUGCUCAGAAUGCUGAAAGAGCAUCUACGUGAGGUGGUCAAGCCUUAUUUCAUACCAGAGAACCCACAUUAGGCAGGAACCAUAUACGUGCUCAGAGAGUGAGCCAUUCUAUACUUCAGACUGCAGACUGAUUUGUUUCCUAUUGCCAGCUUUUAAAAACAGCGUCUGGCAUGAUGUGCAGCGGUAUGGUGCCACAGCCCAUCACAUCAGGGCUGUUGUGGACUCGUAAGGCAGCCCCGACAGCAGGGAAUGAUCAGUUACGUGAUCAGCACUACCACAACUAUUCCCCCUCGCGACAAUGGGAGUAAUGGCAGUGGCGCUGAUUGCGCAACGUCUCAUUCCUUGGAGCAUCAGGCUGCCUUAUGAGGCCUGACAUGGUGCACCACUGCACAUCUCAUCAGCCACUGCACUGUAUAUUUGAUGUCUCUCACCUCUGCUGUUUUAAUAGCCUUUGCCAAUAUUUUGAAUUCCUUUGCUUGGUUUGCAUUAGAUUUUAUGAAUGUAUGUGAUACACACACACACACACACACACGGCAGCUAGAGAGACGGUCUCUGCUGCUCUAUGUCUAGAACACGCAUCCCGGAGAGAUUCACCUGGUACCUUCCUUUGCUAAGUUUUAAGUGCCAAAUCAAGGUGUCUUUGUUUUCCUGAGCAUUUUUGAGGAACAGUUCCGACUGAAUCUGCUGUACGGUUUGUGUGGCAUGUGAAUAACUUUUGCCCCACUGUGGUGUCAAAGUUUGCUCUCCUUCCAGCUGCUAGAUUUGGAUUUUGGUGUUCUAGCCACACUUUUUAUUUUUGCACUGGUUUUGAAAUUUUAAUGGAAAAGGCUGUACAUUUUUGAAAUAAGUAAAUAAAUCAAUAAGUUGUUUUGA